AUGUCUGCAGAGGCUUCCGACAGAGAGCCGGCUCUGAGGGCUCUGGUGAGGGAAGCCGAGGUCAGCCUGCUUGAGUGCAAAGUGUGCUUUGAAAAAUACAGCCAUGAGAAAGACCGGAGGCCCAGGAACUUGACCUGUGGCCAUGUGGUCUGCCAGGGCUGUGUGACUGCUCUGACGCAGCCCCGGAAUCGCACUCUCGAGUGCCCUUUUUGCAGGAAAGCGGGCAAGAGCUCCGAGACCAGUGACUGCCUCCCGCUGCUGCAGUUCCUCGAGCUCCUGGACCCCGUGCUCCGCGUACCCCCAUCCGCAGGGCCCGGGGCGGCCAAGGGACCGGGAGACCCGACAGCCAACUGGGUCCCCGGGGCUCUAACCUGCUGCCAUUCCUUUGGGGGUUGGGGGACCCUUAUCAACCCCACUGCGAUGGCCGUGUGCCCGAGGUCCGGGAGGGUGAUCAUAGUGCAUGACGGCAGGAAAAGGGUGAAGGUAUUUGACUGCGACGGAAUAUGUAGCCAUCAGUUUGGAGAAAAGGGGGAGGCCGCCCAGGACGUCCGGUAUCCGCUGGGUGUCACAGCCACCUCUGACGGCCACGUGGUCAUCACCGAUGCUGGGGACCGUUCAGUGAAAGUGUUUGAUUUUUCAGGGCAUCAUAAGCUGGUCAUUGGAGGUCGCUUCUCUUUGCCUUGGGGUGUGCAGACCACCCAGCAGAAGGAAGUUCUGGUGUCUGAUGCUGGGGCAGGGUCGCUUCACCUCUUGGUGGUUGACUUUCAGAAAGGGGAGCUUAGGAGGGCGGAAAGGCUCCUGGCUCAUCUCUGCAACCCCAGAGCCCUAGCUGUGUCUCAGCUCACUGGGGCCAUCGCCAUAACGGAACAUCUGCUAGCCCAGGGGCCCUGCCCUCCCAGCACCAGAGUGAAAGUGUUCAGCCCUGGCUUGCAGCUCCUGGGCCAGGUGGACACUUUUGGCCUGAGCCUCUUCAUUCCCUCCAAAAUAGAUGUCACUGCCGUGACCUUUGACCACCAGGGGAAUGUCAUUGUUGCUGAUACAGCUACCCAAGCUAUAGUGUGCUUAGGGAAACCUGAGGAGUUUCCAGUCUUGAAGCCUAUCAUUACCCAAGGGCUUUCUUACCCUGUGGCAUUGACUUACACAGAAGAUAACUCCCUUCUUGUCCUAGACAGUGGAGUCCAUGCUGUAAAAGUCUAUAAAACUGACUGCUCAUUCUAGGCAGAUAAAUGCACAUGUACAAAUUUUUCUAAUGGGACGAGGAGCUUGCUUCCUGUGAACGGAGGACCAGCCAGGGUCAAGGAUGC